GUGCUAUUCAAAACGGCAAUACCAUCACGAAUCUGUGAAUUUAUUGUCUGUUAUAGUGUCUGUGAUAAAAAAAUUAAAAAAAAAAAGAAAAUCUACUUGGGUACGGUGUUGGUGAUAAGUCAGAUAUUAAAAAAAUCUCAAUAAUCUUUUAAUCCAGAAGUAAUUGAAAUAUCCUGUCCUGUUCAAGAUGCCUCGUUACCAUAAGGUAGAAAUUAAUAAAACAGAAUGGAUUGUCCCAGAAAGAUAUCAAAUGCUUACACCUGUGGGUUCAGGUGCUUACGGACAAGUUUGUUCCGCGAUCGAUACUCUGCAUAAUAUGAAAGUGGCAAUUAAAAAAUUGGCGAGACCGUUCCAGUCUGCCGUGCAUGCUAAGCGGACUUAUCGCGAACUGAGGAUGUUGAAGCAUAUGAACCAUGAGAAUGUUAUCGGUCUGCUGGAUGUGUUCAGCCCUGAAAAAACCUUGGAGGAAUUUCAGCAAGUAUAUUUAGUGACACACUUGAUGGGGGCUGAUUUAAAUAAUAUUGUUCGUACUCAAAAACUGUCAGAUGACCAUGUCCAAUUUCUGGUCUAUCAAAUUCUCCGUGGUCUUAAAUAUAUUCACUCAGCAGGAAUCAUUCACAGGGAUCUAAAACCUUCUAACAUUGCUGUCAAUGAGGACUGCGAAUUGAAAAUAUUAGAUUUUGGUCUGGCCAGACCAACUGAAACAGAGAUGACUGGCUAUGUAGCAACAAGGUGGUACCGAGCCCCCGAGAUCAUGCUGAACUGGAUGCAUUAUAACCAGACUGUUGAUAUUUGGUCUGUUGGCUGCAUUAUGGCUGAAUUAUUGACUGGUAGAACUUUGUUCCCAGGUUCAGACCAUAUCCAUCAAUUGAAUUUGAUCAUGGAGGUACUUGGGACACCCGCUCAGGAGUUCAUGUCAAAAAUAUCUUCAGAGUCUGCUAGGAAUUACAUUCAGUCGUUGCCUGCACUGAAGAGACGUGACUUCCGCGAAGUGUUCCGUGGUGCGAACCCUCUGGCCGUCAACUUGCUGGAACUUAUGUUGGAGUUAGACGCUGACAAACGCAUAACAGCGGAACAAGCGCUUGCGCACGAGUACUUGGCACAGUAUGCUGACCCGGACGACGAGCCCGUGUCGGCGCCCUACGAUCAGAGCUUUGAGGAUAUGGAGCUCCCCGUGGACAAGUGGAAAGAGUUGGUGUGGAAAGAAGUGGUGGAAUUCAAACCUCACCCCCAACACAUGAACACAGUGGUGGAGGUGACUCCUUCGUAAAGUCAAACCCCCUGUAUAGCUUCUACAGAUCUACUUGAACCUUGCUGCAACACGGGCUACAUCUUAUGAGCUAGUAAAACCAGGGUAAAUAAUUACAAAUGAUGUACUUUUAAAUAUAUUUUUUGAACGCUAAAGUAGACAGACCAAAGUUUGCCCUCCAAUUAUACUGUUAUAAUCUUCUAGAAUGAAAUGCAGCAUAGCAGUUGCUAGACUAGAUAACAACAUGGCACUUUUUAUCCCCAAAGAAGAAAGCAAAGAUGCAAACUACACAUUCGCUUUUCGCCAGUUAUAAGUAUUUAUGAAUUUCCUUUGGAAUAAAAUUAAAUGUUACACUAGAGUUAUUGUCACGGAUUCACACUGUAUCGCGUGUGAGAAAAUCUCAUUUUAAG